AUACAAAACUUUAUCUUCUUCCUCCCUCAACGUUUUCAUCUUCAUCUGUUUGAGAAAAAAAAAAGAUAAAAUGUCAAAGAAAUCAAAACCUAGAAAUGUUGAUCGUCCGGAACUUCACAUUGUAAAAUAUUUCAGCUAUUCUGAUUAUUGUUUACGGAUGUUGACAUGUGAUCAUCCUGUCCCUCCGGAUCGGUACAAUGAGAGAGUGGAGGAGCAUUUACGAUCAACUGAGUUUUACCAUGUUGCCCAGAUUAGAGUAGUUCAAUGUCAGAAAGCACUGGUAAUGCUUUAGUGGAAAGGUGGCACUCGGAAACACAUACCUUUCACCUUUCGGUUGGUGAAUGUGCCGUGACACUGGAAGACGUGGCUAUGAUCUUUGGUCUUCCGACCGACAGCCUUCUAGUGACAGGGAUGACUUUGAGAAGUUUUGAAGCCUUAGAGGCGGAGUGUCUGCACCAAUUUGGGGUUGCAUCGAGAAAGUCGAAUUGUCGAGGAAGCGGCAUAAAACUAACGUGACUACGGGAUUUAAAAGAACGGUUGCAGUUGACUGAUGAGAACAGUAUACAGGUGUAGGUUAAGUGCCACAUCAUGUUGUUGAUCGGUACGAUCUUGUUUGGAGACAAGUCUGGGGCAUCUGUCCACUGGAAGUUUCUGCCUCUGCUGAGUGAUUUUGCUAGUAUUGGACAGUAUAGUUGGGGAUCAGCAUGCCUAGCACACCUGUACAGGAGUUUAUGCAGGGCAUCACGUUUUGACUGUAAGGAAAUCGAUGGUCCGCUAACACUUCUAUUGUGUUGGGCAUGGAUGCGCCUACCAUAUCUAGCGCCGGUUCCUAGAGAACCUCGCAGUUUUCCACUUGCAAAUAGGUUACAUCAUCUUACAUUUACCUGGUAUCUUCAUGUUUAGAAUCCAAUUGUGUUAAUGAGAUGCGUUAUAUUAGGUGGCGUAAUUGGGAGCGUGGAGACCGAGUCUGUAGAUAUCUUAAGCUUGCUCAUUUUAGGAAGGCCUUAGAUGAUCUUCAGGAAGGCCAGUUUUUGUGGGUUGCAUAUUCUGUUGAUCGUGUUGAUCCGGACAUAAUUCCUGUAGACAUCUACCUGCACUCGGUGAUUUGGAGUGCAACGGUUCUGUUGGUAUCUUUUGAGUGUAUUGAAUGGCAUGCUACCGACAGGUUUAGACGACAAUUCGGUUUCGUUCAGGGAGUUCCUCAUCUGGAACGGAAUCUAGACCGGACACACGGAGAAGUCUUAAUUGGUCCUAAGAAUCUGAACUGGGCCACAGCCACGAAUCAUUCAUUUUGGGUGAUGCAGUGGACAAACAGGUAUAAUCACGUUCUUACUGAGGAACCCAUGGCUCCACAGCAGCCAUUAGAUACUUAUAUGUACUGGUACCGUUCAAAGUAUGGCUAUCACUUGAACUUGUCGGAUCUUGUGGUCCAAGAGGAUGUUGAGGGUGACCAGGUUAUGGAUGAUGAAAAUGAAGAGCAGGAGCCACAGUCACCGCCGCCUCCACCGCAAUCUCCACCUCCACCGCCAUCUCCACCUCCACCUCCACCGCCAGAAGAACAACGUCAUUCCACAAGCCAAUAUGUACCUCAGACACAGUUUACUACGUCGUUCCCGAUACAUCAGCAACAUUGGGUUAUGUCACAGUUUGACUCAGGGGACGGAGGUUCUUUUAGCUAGUUGCUUGGGUUCAUGGCCUCAGAUGCCGGCCAAGCACAACAUGGCCAUCAGGCCGACUUCAUGGUGGGUAGGCAUUCGUUUGACGCGAGGUAUCCAUUUCUCACCUACUCAAGUGCUUCUAGAGGGUUUGUAUCUGGUGAUUCUAGUAGGAGUGACGGUGGUCGAGGAGUUCUGAAUAGUCAAAACUCAAACCGUGUUUCGAUGACUUUGAUUGAAGAAAAUGCUAAGACAUUUGAGCAUGAGACUGAUGAGUACUUAGUGGAUGAGCCAGAUGACGAGGAAGACGAGGGGGAUGAGGACGAGGACACGGAGGAGGAAAAAGAUGAGGACAUGGACCAGGAUGAAGAAUCUCGUAAUGAUGCAGGUUCAAUAUUGCUUUACUUCUUCAGUCAAUUGAUGUUAUCAUAGUAUUGUAUGGUCUGUUGGGUAGGAAUGAUUAAAUUAUAUGCUUGUUUUGUCAAUUGAUGAUAUUAUAUUCAUGUACUGGUAUGUUGGUUAAGGUUGAUUAUACUAUAUACUUGCUUGGUCUGAUUGCAUUAUAUACAGGUGACAAAAGUACUCCAGAUAAGACAGGCAAAUGCUACAAUCUCAGGAUUGAUCCACCGCGUCAUAGCGCGAGUCGAUACACGCUGUCUGUGUUCAAAAAAGCCGCGAAGAAAUGCAAGAACCUUGUGAACUUUGGAAAGUGGACAGCGAGGAAGUAGUUGUGGUGUAGUUAGUUUUCUCUGUGUAUCAGUUAUCUUUCAUCAAGUAUACUUUAACUAUUUAUGUAUGACUAAA